AUAGAGGGAGGGGUUGAUGUUCUUUGGGUGACUGUCACGUGCUACACUCUAUGUGGUAAGCAGCAGAGUCUGUGUUGUGACAGUUCUCUGCUCUCUCUCUCUCUCUCCCUCUCUCUUCGCUGUGUAUGUUGUGCUGACCCUGCUCUAGUCUCCCAACGAAAGCCAUUCAGAGGAGAUAUGCGACUGUCUGAGCUGUUGCUGUUGUUCCCCUCUCUCUGGGCACUUCGCUCCCUGAUCUGAUUGCGUUUGGGAAAGUUGGAAGCAGUUGAUUGCAGAGAUUGCUGCCGUGACCUGGGGCCGGAUUGUGCUGGGUUUCCAGGCGUGAUCCGCGGAGUGACCGGGUGUGAGCUGCACACACAUCAAUGUUUACACUGUUGUGGGGCAAAGUCUCACUCACAGCCGAGGCGCUGAACAUGCUGUAGAGCGGGCGGCCGGGCAUCGUACAGGAGCCAAGAGGAGGAGGAGGAGGGGUGGCAUCGCUUCACAAGUCGCCCUAAAGGAACGGGAUGGCUGAAAGCACCGUGAACGACUGAUGUAAUCCAGAGGUGAGAUGGUGCCACAAUCUGAGAGCAAAACUUGAGGAAAUAUGAUGAAAGAAUUCUUAGAGAAAGCCAAAGAGGAGUUCUUACGGAAAUGGGAGAGUCCGACACAGUCUUAUCUCUUGCAGAACACGGCGAAUCUGGAAGAUUUUGAAAGAACAAAAACCCUGGGCACAGGGUCGUUUGGCCGAGUGAUGCUGGUGAAGCACAAAGUCACACAGCAGCAUUACGCCAUGAAGAUCCUCGACAAACAGAAGGUGGUAAAACUGAAGCAGAUUGAACACACGCUGAAUGAGAAAAGGAUUCUUCAGGCUGUCAAUUUCCCUUUCCUGGUGAGGCUAGAGUACUCGUUCAAGGAUAACUCUAAUUUAUAUAUGGUGAUGGAAUACGUUUCAGGAGGAGAGAUGUUUUCACAUUUAAGGAGAAUCGGGAGGUUCAGUGAACCUCACGCACGGUUUUACGCAUCACAGAUCGUCCUUGCCUUCGAAUACCUCCACUCACUCGACCUCGUCUACAGAGACCUGAAGCCUGAAAACAUACUGAUCGACCAAUAUGGAUACAUCCAGGUGACAGAUUUUGGCUUUGCCAAGAGAGUAAAGGGCAGAACUUGGACGCUAUGUGGGACUCCCGAAUACCUGGCUCCUGAGAUCAUCCUCAGCAAGGGCUACAACAAAGCUGUGGAUUGGUGGGCGUUAGGGGUCCUCAUUUACGAAAUGGCUGCUGGUUACCCCCCAUUUUUUGCAGACCAGCCUAUUCAGAUUUAUGAGAAGAUAGUCUCUGGGAAGGUCCGGUUUCCGUCUCAUUUCAGCUCAGACCUGAAGGACCUGCUGCGAAACCUGCUGCAGGUUGACCUGACCAAACGGUUCGGGAAUCUCAAGAACGGCGUCAACGACAUCAAGAACCACAAGUGGUUUGCCAUCACAGACUGGAUCGCCAUCUACCAGAAAAAGGUUGAACCUCCUUUUAUACCAAAGUACAAAGGUCCCGGCGACUCCAGCAACUUUGACGACUAUGAAGAAGAGGAGGUCCGAGUGUCUGUCACCAACAAAUGUUCCAAGGAAUUUCUGGACUUCUAGAGAAUGCCAUGUGAUUAAAAAGUGACUGGGAUAUCUUAAUACUUGGCCGAGACAAGACAAGCACUGGUUGGAUGGGAGCCCACACCAUUGUAUUUAUUGAAAGCGUUUAUGUUAAAUCUGUGCAUUCCACUGGAUGGGAGUCCCGUCUUGCUGUGACUUCUCCCAUACACGCAGACUUGCUCCACACCCCCUCCUACACCCCCCUCACACAUACUCACACACACACCCACACACACCCCCAUGGCCCUACAGAUUAUCACUAAUACGCCCACACACUAAACUUCUCUUUUUUUUGCCACCUUUGGAUAAAUGUUUGUAUCUCUUGUGUCUGAACAUUACUUAUGUUUUGUGUUUUAAAAGACAUUUUACUUACAAAUUAAAAGCCCUUUAGUUUUUUUUCUAAAUGCA